AGCACCAUUCCGGGUUGUGUGUGCUGUCCCAAGCGGCUGACUGAAUGAAUGCAGGGUGCUGAGAGAGAGAGAGGGAGAGAGAGAGAGGGAGAGAGAGAGAGAGGGGGAGAGAGAGAGAGAGAGAGAGAGGCCGAGGCUGAUCGCCUGCAACUGACAGCAUGCGGAGGUGAAAACGGACCUCUUAUCACCGAUCGAGGUUUACAUCCUUGACGGUACUUUCUUUUUAAACCCCAGGAUCAGUCAUUAAAAAAAAAAAAAAAAGAUUAGUGAUCUAUUCCGAAGUAGUCAUGCAUUCGAGCAGAGGAUUAUCGAGGAGGAAUUGCCCCGAAUCCCUGAGCUGCAGCUGGGGCACCGAGCUCUGGGAUCAGUUUGAUAACUUGGAGAAGCACACGCAGUGGGGCAUUGAGUUUGUGGAGCGCUACACCAAGUUUGUCAAGGAGAGAUCCGAAAUCGAGCUGAACUACGCUAAGCAAAUAAGAAACCUUUCUAAGAAAUAUCAGCCCAAGAAGAACUCCAGAGAAGAGGACGAGUACAAGUACACCUCCUGCAGAGCGUUUCUGAUGACGCUGAACGAGCUGAAUGACUACGCCGGGCAGCACGAGGUCAUCGCAGAGAACCUCUCAACACAGAUCAUCUCAGAGCUGGUGCGCUAUAUCCAGGAGCUGAAAGCCGAACGGAAAGCGCAUUUCCAUGAUGGUCGCAGGGCUCAGCAGCAUAUCGAGAACUCCUGGAAACAGUUGGAGUCGAGCAAACGUCGGUUUGAGAGAGACUGCAAAGAAGCCGACCGUGCCCAGCAUUACUUUGACAAGAUGGACGCCGACAUUAACGUGACCAAAGCCGAUGUGGAGAAGCGGUGUUCACUCAAGGCUAAACAGCAGGCUCAAAUAAGGCAUCAAAUAGCUGAUGACAGUAAGAACGAGUAUCUGUCCUACCUGCAGAAGUUUAAUAAAGACCAACACGAACACUACUACACCCUCAUCCCCCACAUCUUUCAGAGGAUCCAGGAGAUGGAGGAGAGACGGAUUGAGAGAAUAGGGGAGAGUAUGAGGUGCUACGCCGAGGUGGAGCGCAAAGUGCUGCCCAUCGUUAAUAAGUGUCUGGACGGCAUGACCAAGGCAGCUGAGUCCAUCGAGCCCAAAAUGGACACCAAGCAGGUGGUAGAGACGUACAAGUCAGGCUUUGAGCCCCCGGGCGAUGUAGACUUCGAGGACUACAGUGUGUCCAUGAAGAGAGCCGUGUCCGAGUCCAGCUUCCUGAACGCACGUGGAGAGAGUCGGCGCAGGAGCCGAAGCAAGCUGUGGCCUUUAAUUAAGAGAAAUAAGCUUAUGUCUUUGCUAGCGUCGCCUCGUCAGCCCCCUCCCCCUCCCCCCACGUCGCCCUCUCCAGAAGGCCUGGCCAACGGGCCGCACUCGCCCCCGCACAGCAAGGAGCCGCUCGGACAGCGCCUCAACGACUUCAUGAGCUCCAAACACAAGAUGCAGUGCCUGAGAAGCCUCAAGCGUGGGCUCUCCCUGAAGCUGGGAACAGUCCAGGAGGAUUACAGUCAUUUACCCCCAGAGCAAAGGCGAAAGAAAUUGCAGGCCAAGCUUAAUGACAUCAGCAAAGACAUCCAGAAAGAGAUGGAUCAGAGGGACGCACUGAAUAAAAUGAAGGAAGUGUACAUCAAGAACCCUCACAUGGGCGACCCCAACAGUGUGGACCCACGUUUAGAGGAGGUGCGGCAGAGUAUCGAGAAAUUCCAGCUCGAGGCGCACAAAUAUGAGACCUGGCUAACAGACGUGGAGAGGAAGCUGCUGGAGAAGGACAGCACUCUGCGGAGACAAAGCGCGCCUUUUGAUUCACAGGGAAACGCAGCCAACGUCGCUAACAGCUGUGCGCAGAACAGAGAGAGUCCGGACGGCAGCUAUACGGAAGACCCCAGCACGGAGACGGUGCAGUUCAAGUCCCGCAGCACUGAGUUCGACGACGAGUUCGACGAUGAAGAACCUUUACCCACCAUAGGAACGUGCAAGGCUCUCUACCCUUUCGAAGGUCAGAACGAGGGCACCAUCCCAAUGGCGGAAGGCGAGAUGUUGUACGUGAUCGAGGAGGACAAAGGCGACGGCUGGACUCGUGUGCGCAGGAACGAGGACGAGGAGGGAUACGUGCCCACGUCCUACAUCAAGCUCUGCUUUGACGCCAACUCCAAAGAUCCCUAAAAGCGUUUGGCUGGCACAGGAGUGGCAGGGCAAGCGUCCUUGCGUGAAACAUCCUGCUCUUUAAUGCGUAGUCAGAGAGGUGCUGUGUGAGGCCGUCUGACAGGCCGAUCCAUUCUUAACACAAACUCUGAAUCUCCUCUUCUUCGGGCCAGAGGCAGAAAAAACACACCUGCGCGGAAUAUUGUCUGAGAUCUUUUUUUUUUGUUUGUUUGUUUGUUUGUUUGUUUUUUAAAUAACCCGUGUGCUAAUGAUUUGCAGAGCUUGCUUCUCGUGUGAGCCUAGACUUCUCAGCCUUGUGUAGUUGCUGCUUGCUGUCUGACCAGAGCCAUUAGUUCUAAUCUCUAGUCCUCAGAAUCAGAUACAGGACCGUGACGUGCUUCUAGUCAAGCUGGUUCGCAUAAUAGUCAUGAUCCAGUAGCUGCUGUCUUUCUCUGGCCUGCAGAAGGUUCUUGAGGAUCCCUAGGGCAAUGAUUUUUAUGAACGUAUUUAUCAGGCCAUUGUGAAAACCGAAAAGCAUUUAAAUGUUAGGGUGGGUUAAGUGGGCGGGUGUUGGGAGGGUUGUUAUUUUUAAAGGUAUAUCAUAUAUCAUAUACAAAAUGGUGGGUUUUUUUUGUGACUAAAUCUGAGUGAAGUGGUUGAAGCGGGCAGCUUUAGAGUUGCAGUCCUUCAGUCGGUCACUCUUUCCUCACAGAGGUGAAAGCAGUGCCACCUCACUCACUCACUCAUGCUCACUUUCUUCCCUGUAUUGUGUGUAUACGCCACAUCUCCUGUCUUUCUCUCACUUUUCUCUCUCUCUCUCUCUCUCUCUCUCUCUCUCAAACUAAUAGCGCUUUUGCAUUGGACACUGCGGCGCGAUAUAGUACAGUUACUAAUCCAAAUCUAGAUCUACUGGUUGAGUCCCUGUGUCCAUUGUCCAUUGGCUAGCUGUAAAAGUAGGCGGAGUUUUGUGAAGGUUGUGAGGUGGUUUAAAUAGCAGAACACUCGGCAUAUAAACACGAUUAGAUACGUCGAUAAGUAUGUGUGCGGCUCAGCCGCUUGUCUACCUCCGAUGACUCGUACUAAUCAAGAAACAGAGUGAAUUCGCUGGUCUGCUGUAAUUGCAGAGCAUAAGUAAGUAAAGGGUGCCAAUAUUUAUCUUUAGUAAAAAAAAAAAAAAAAAAAAAAUUCAUGAGAAUGCCGGUUUUCUUUGUGAUAUUAAAAUCCAACAAAAAGAACAAGUUGGAACGCCGUUUCUGUAAUCUCAAGUGAGACACAUCGUGCACUUCACACAUUCAGUGUAGGUAUUUAGCGAAUAAUAAAACACUUAGGAAAAUAAUCAACAGCCACAAAGGUGAUUUUUUUUUUUUUUCCUAUAACACAUCCUGCUGUGUUUUAUUUCGCUCGCUCCAUCACUAGCCCCUCUUCUUUACAAUACAAAAAAAUACAUCUAGUGAGACUGCUAAAUGCAAAGUCUUCUUACUGACUGUUACAAAGUGCUGACGCUGGAGACUCCUUCCAUAAAUGUUAAUAACUGUCUCCUUACAGGAAGCUUCACUAUAGCAAGGAUUAUAUGUUUUUCCUUUGUUCAAGACAAACAACACUUAAAACAAGAAAAAGAUUACCUAAUCUUUUAGAUUUCAGGUAAUCUUACAGGUCCAUGUGAAUGAGUUGUUACUAUAGUAAUGAUUAUGUAUUAGAACAAGCGAAUUCGUAUAAACAUGCGAGUUGCUGUUAUAGAAAAUUAAUCAACACCUUCUGGCCAAUCAGAAUGGAGAAUUCUCUUGAUAGAUAAUCUAGAAUGAGGGAUUUGUUAUCGUACCCCACUGUCUGGUGGAAAAGCGCAAAUAUUCUUUGUAGUUUCCUCUCUCUACCCUUCCUGUCUUCAUCUUCCUGUCUCUUACUUUUUCUCACUUUAAGUCUGUUUUUUGGCAUCCCUUUUUUUUCUCCAUCCAUCUCUUGCUCUUUCAUUGUAGUUUUUUUCUACUCUCUCUUUCUCUCUUUCAAAAUCUCUCUCUCUCUCUCUCUUUCUCAACUUCUCUCAAUCUCUCUCUUUCUCAAUCUCUCUCUGUCUCUUACUCGUUCUCUCUCUCACUUUCUCAAUCUCUCUCUCUUUCGAUCUCUCUUAAUUUCUUUCUCUUUCUCAAUCUCUCUCAAUCUUUCUCUCUUUCUCAAUCUCUCUGUCUCUUACUCAUUCUAUCUCUCACUUUCUCAAUCUCUCUUUUGAUCUCUCUUUUGAUCUCUCUCUCUUUCUCAAUUUCUCUCUCUUUCUCAAUCUCUCUGUCUCUUACUCAUUCUCUCUCACUUUCUCAAUCUCUCUCUCUUUCGAUCUCUCUUUCUCAAUUUCUUUCUCAAUCUCUCUCUUUCUCACUCUCUCUCAAUCUCUCUUUCUCAAUCUUUCUCUCUGUCUCUUACUCAUUCUAUCUCUCACUUUCUCAAUCUCUCUGUCUUUCGAUCUCUCUCUCUUUCUCAAUUUCUCUCACUUUCUCAAUCUCUCUCUUUCGAUCUCUCUCUCUCUCUCUCUCUCUCUCUCUCUCUCUCUCUCUCUCACUUUCUCAAUCUCAAUCUCUCUCUCUGUGGGCUCAGUGGCCGUGGCCAUAGCCGUGUGUCGUGUAGCUGUAGUGGUGCGUUCACUCGAUGUUGAUGAUGUUCUCCAGCUGGUGCUGUGUUUCUGCGCAUGCAUGCUUGCCCCGUCUCUUUGUCUGUGCCAGUCUUAGGGGUCCAGCAAGUUCCUGCCUUCACUUCCUGACAGGCGAACUUGCUUCUUCAGUUGUGUUCGUGCCUGUGGUUUACUUUAUUUAUUAUUCAUUUUCUAUUGAAUUCAAAGGUUUUAUUUUCGCCACUCGUGCAUGGCCACUUGCUUCAUGCUCCCUAAGUUGUUUUUUUUUUUUCUUCACUUUUUCUUUUAUAUGAAAAUCAAAAUGCUUCUUUUUGAUCAACGUCAUUUUGCAGUAAUUUCAGCUGAUGUUAAAAACAAAUAGUUACCUCAUUUUUGAUGGCUUUUGGGCUGCUGUUUGAAUCAGCUCUGAAUGACUAACAUUGUGGUUUAUCUCCAUUUAUAAAGAAAGAGUACUGCAGUGCUGAGCUGCGUGUUUGAGUGUGUGUGUGUGUGUGUGUGUGUGUGUGUGGGUGGGUGCGUGUGCGUGCGCACGCAUGUGUAUGUGCGUGAGUGCAUUCUCUGUAUUGUGCUUUGGAUUUUCUGACUCUCUCUUCCCUUCAAGACUUUCUCAUAAACACCAAACUGCCAAGAUAUCAGAGCCUUGUAACGUCAGUGUUGAUCCCAGCUGCUCCCUGUUUAUUAGUAAUAAUAGAGCUUAAUUCUAUUCAAUUUUCAAAACAGAAUCAUUGUAAAAUGCAUCACCUUUUUAUGUGCAAAUUAAUCAAAUUAAAGGCCAUUGUGAAAUAUA